GCUCAAAGAACGCAGCGGCUUCACUAGUCAGGGCGCGCGCAGACGAAAAACACAGCUAAAGUUAGAGUCUGCUGAACGUGGCGCUAAUAUAAUUUUAUAAGCUGUUUAUUUAAAUAUAAGUGUUUAAUACGUUGGCGUUCGGUGUGUUGUACGAAACAUGCAGGCGUUUGACGAAGAAACCGAGAUUACAGAUUUCUAUAUGAUGCAAAAGGUUGUGGGUUUAUUUGGGAACCAGCCUCAUAUGCAGAGGAUAAUAACAUGUGGCCUUCUGGGCGUGGAGUAUGAUCCAGAUAUAGAUCUGGAUGACUGUGAAAGCUGGGCCCACCGUCCGAAAUUAGACGAAACUUUUGUUGACGAUAGAUUAAUAAGAGGCCGCGCCAGGGGGGCCUUUCGAUCUGAGCCCCCUUUGCAAUUCUACUCUUCAAUUCGUGGAACACCCAGUCCACCAGCUUACACAGUUUGGGAGACGGAUUCUGAACGAAAAGCCAGAUUAUUGCAAGAAACUAAAAAGAGCAAAGAAAAGGCUGAGAAAAAACGGCUUAAGAAACAGAAACGGAAGCAAAGAAAACAAAUGGAGAAGGAGAAACAAAACCCUGCAAAAACCGAAGAGGAAAAUGUUGGAGAGCAGUCUAAAUCGGAGGAGAGUACGUCUAAAUCGGAGGAGAGUACGUCUAAUAAUCAUCAAAAGAAGAAGAAUUUAGCUGCAGCCAGAGACACAGACAGCGACAGCAGCAGCGGGCAGGAAUCCAGUGAUGAAGAUGAAGACGCCAUAAAUGUCUCAGAGGAGGAACUGGAUUUGACGAGCAGUUUUGUGAGUAAAGCCGCCCUUAUAGCUCAGCGUAAGUUAGAACAAAGGCCUAAAUCAGAGAAAAAGGACAAAAGGAAAACUCCAGAGAAGGAAAAGCCUAAAGGUGUCCCCGAUAAAACGGCUGAGAGCAAAGAGGCUGUGUACAAGGUUUCUAGCGCUGCCAGUGUUCCCACUUUAGAAGAUAAUGUUAAAAUAAGUACAGAUCUUGCAAUUAUUGGAAAUAAAUUUGCCAGUGAUGGAGACUAUGCCAUGGCUGUAAAGUAUUUCACAGAUGCAAUUAAGUACAACCCAAAAGAGUUUAAGUUGUUCGGGAAUCGUUCCUUCUGCUUUGAGAGGAUGCAAGAAUACGAGAAGGCGCUGACUGACGCAGAGCUGUCUCUGAGCUUCUCUCCAGGAUGGGUUAAAGGCCUCUUUAGAAAAGGGAGAGCUCUUGUAGGUCUGAAGAGAUAUGAAGAAGCUGCUGAUGCCUUCAGGGACGUCCUGAAACGGGACAGUUCAUAUGCAGAGGCUGCCCAGGAGCUAAUGCGAGUGCAGAUUAUACAACUAAUGGCUUACGGUUUUACACGGGAGCAGAGCUCUAAUGCUUUAAUUAUUCACGGGACUGUAGAUAAGGCCUUAGAGGUUCUGUCCAAAUUACACCAUCCUAAAGGAGCUGUUCUAAAUGGACCUCUCCCACCGGCUCAAGUAGCAAACAUCACAGGAGUCUCUCCGGUCCUCUCUGCUAAUUCAAACCCUGUGCCUGCUGCUUCUGCUCCAUCAUAUGAAGCUUCUAGGAAACCCCUUCCUUACAAACCUUUGGGCCAACAUCAGGUUGUUCCCUACGUUGAAAAUCAACCAGAGUCUACUUCUAAACAUCCUGUGAAGAUUAACAGUAGUGAUAACAGAUCGCCACCAGAGUUGUUUCCAGUUUGGGUGGGAAACCUGACCCCCCCAGUAACAGAGGCCAUGAUUAGCAGGCUGUUCAGCAAAGCUGGACCGGUCUUUAGUGUGAAACUUCUGUCUCUCAAACGCUGUGCCUUUGUGAAUUUUACUAAACAGGAGCAUUGUGACGAAGCUAUCAAACAGUUUCAUGGCUAUCAUCUGCAUGGUUUAAACAUUGCCGUGAGAUACCCAGACCGGAUUCCUCAGGGGAAGGGCAUGUCCAGGUAUGCCCUUAGAGCUCGGGACUUGCAAGAUUAGAAUCUCAGGCAUUAUGGCGACGGGAAGAAAGCCGUUUGAAACAAGUUCUCGUUGAUCCAGAUCAAUGAAACCACCAAUUGAUUCAAACAUCAACAGAAGCCGUCCAUCUUAACGCCAUGACUUAAUAAAACUCUUUACUCACCGACCUGAAAAAUCUGAAGUAUUAACCAAUAAGCCACAGACAUCAGAGGAUUACAUUAUUACAGAAAGUAACUCUUUAUUAUGUAAUAUUGUCACUUAUAAUUGCUUUAACUUCUUUGGGUUUAAAUUAUAAAAUUAAGGCUGAAAUGUUAAUUUAAGGGUAUUUUUGCAGAAGAGUGUCUUCAAUACAGUAAAUUAAAUGUUGGUGUAUUGUACAAUUUAGUGCCACCAGCUUUAAGUAUUGAUCAUGUAUGAACCCACUUGGUUAUAGCGAGUCAGCAGUUCACAGUAUCAAGUUGAUAACAUGACUGUUAUGUUCCAGGUAUCUAUUUAUGAUGUAUUCAAAAAGUAAGACAGGCUUAUAACAGAUAUGUACUUUGCAUUAAUCUUAUGCACAUUUAUGGAUUGUUAAAACUCAGUCUGAAUCACUAUCUAUAUCCUGUUUACUUCAUGUUGUUACUAUUAGAAUAGGUUAAUUAUUCCUCCGGUUUAAGUGAAGAACUGUUUUUUUUUUUUUUUCCUAAGAUGCUGUAGAUUAUUCUCAUUCUAUGUAAGGUUUAAAGAAAUGGUUGACCUGAAGGAUGUUCAUUUACACCUUUAUAUAAAGUGUGGCUUUUCCUUAUGUGAUUAUUAAAUAUGCUUUAUUCAU